AUGGCCAUGUCCACGGCUUCCAAAUCAUUUGCCAUCAACGGCCCGCACACGGCAGGCCUCUUUGCAGACAUGAGUGUUGAUGGUCCUAUCAUCGGCACCCUCGUUGCCAUCGUCGACCGCGCAAAGAACUUGCCCAACCGCAAGACCAUUGGCAAGCAGGAUCCUUACUGCGCCGCCAGGCUAGGCAAGGAAGCCAAGAAGACGGCGACGGAUGUCAGAGGCGGCCAAACGCCUAAGUGGGACCAGGAGCUCCGGUUUACGGUGCAUGACUCGGCCGACUACUAUCAGCUCAAAAUCUCCGUCUUCACCGACGACAAGAAGACAGACCUCAUCGGAGAGUCAUGGAUCGACCUCAAGGGCAUCAUUAUUCCUGGAGGAGGCCAGAACGAUGUGUGGCAGACACUGACCUGCCGCGGCAAGUAUGCGGGGGAAAUUCGACUCGAAAUCACCUUCUACGACAGCAGGCCAAAGCCCGACAAGCCUGCCGCCAGACCAAGACAGUCCAUGGGCGGCGAGCUGGACAACAUGUCGCCUAAACGCAAGGAUAUUGUGAAAAGACGUCCCCUGCCGACUGAUCCCGUCACCGGCGAGGUCACUGCAAAUAUCUCGUCUCAAACCCCUCCAGAUUACCACCAGACGCCUCCUCGGCCCCAGGGCAAACCCAUCUCGCACUCACCAUUUGGCUCUACCAACUCUCUAAACGAAACUGGCGAGUACGGUACCCCGCCGCAAGGGAGUACUCGGUCCCGCCAUGCAGAUUAUUUUUCUUCACACUCGCCUAGCGCUCAGGGCCACCCUGGUUCCGGUCGUGUUGAGGGGCCUCGCCAGCCACGCCCGACACGACAGGACUCGUAUGAGAGAGAGAGAGGCUAUAGCCAAAAGAUACCCGUCUCGUCAUAUGAGCAGCAUGACCCCCGAGGGAGCAGCUACUCGCUCGCCGGGGAGACGUACGAGAUGAACCCGACAGAUGAUGCUGCUCAGUAUUCUCCUCAUGGCGACCCUCGACAGGCAGCUCCUCCGCCACCGGCUCAUCGAUCACGACAUAGCACUAGCCAAGAAGGUCUGCAAAGGAGAGGCGAUGAGUCACCUCAGAGGGCCGCUCCGCCUGCAUCCAUGAGAUCCGAUGUUCUGAAGAAUGAGGCUCAUAGAAACACCACACCGACCUACCCUGGCCGCCCAGUGUUCCGGGCCUAUGACCCGAGCCUAGCUACGCAGGCCCCUAUCCAGAAAGCCAUCACAUAUGAGCCGCACAACUCUUACGACGCCUAUGAUGCCCAGUAUCGUUCCAUGCAACCCACCGUGGAGGAUGUGCCGGAAUCGCCUCCAGGCUCCAUGCGAAACAGGCCUCGUCGAAGCAUCCCUCCACUGGAUGAGGUUGUAUAUGACGCUGGCCAGAUCCCCAUGUCGUCAGGCCUCAGUCGUUCUCCAGGAGCAUCUCCUGGUUACCUAAGUCAAUCCCCAGGAGGCUAUCCGGCGUACCAGGAGCAGCCCCGGAACCAGAAUUCGGUCUCCCCUCUGUCUGCCAGAGAUUACACUGAGAGCCCAGGGCAGAUGACGCAGUAUUCUUAUAGCAGCCAAAGCCAGCGCCCCAAUCAACAGCGUGAGCACGAGACAACCUAUAUCCAGAGUUCUUCGAGCUACGGACUUCCCGCAUUGCCGCCGUCUUUGGCUCCCGGCGUGGACCCUAAUAUGGUUCAAGAGAUGUCCAAUAGGGCAUACGAAGACAGGCAUUAUGAUGGGCGAUACCAUAAUCACAACAAUCAAAUUGUGAGCACGUCUACUCGUGACCGCCAUAGGAGCGAGCCGCCGCCGCCUUCACACGAGCAAGCCUUUGGCACCUCGCCGCAGGCCUACGAAUCAUACGACAGACCAAGAUCCGGUGCCUAUGCCGGUGGGCCUGACCCGCAUGCGCAGGGAUAUCGAGAUGCUUCUCCUAAUCCCCAGCAUAGAAUCCGACGCAAGUCGGUCAGCCCUGCACCUCGUUCUUCUGACAAUAGGAGGCACUCCGACAUUCCCUUCAGUCCAGACUCCUACGAAGCCUUUAACCCUGGAAUGUCCUCUAGGGAUGGAUCACCUGGACUCGAUCAGCCAGAUCCACCAUCGAAGAUUGUGACACACGAUGGCCGAGAAAUUGACCCAUCUGAUCAUCUACCUGAAGAGUCUUGGGCUCCCGAGCCUGAGACCAAACCCGCUCCGCAAGAGCCCGCGCAGUCUCGCACCAGGCCACCCUUGUCUGGAGCACAGCCGAUGCCCCCGAGCGGCCGGAGACCACUCCGAAUUAGCAUGGCGAGAACCUCACAGGCCGUGGUGCCGUCCAACGCAUACGGUUACUCAGAGGGACCGCGUGCCCCCCCGGUGCAAGGCGGGAGACAGCGCCUCCAAAAGAAGACCCGUCAUUCGAUGGGGCCGACGACGUCUGCUCCAAAUCCUGACAAUUUCCAAUAUAGUUCAACUCGAUCACGCGCUGGCGCGUGGGAUUAUCCAAACGAGAACUAUGCACCUCAGUAUAACGGUGGUAAUCAGGGACCUCCCAUUCCGGCCAAAGUUCCACUCCCCAUCAUGAGCGGCGCCAAUGGAGGGGCGGAAGACAUGGCUCUGAUUCAGGAAAUGUCAACGAUUGACAUUGGCACGGGGCGCUCUAGACGCCGAGGAGGAUUCUAA